CGCCGCGCUCCUGCAUUUGUUGUGAUUCGACUGAGGAAACGGUUUGUGGUUUUAAGCAUUUAAAACGUUUAAAUCACUGCCUCCAGACGGACUAUUUAUGUUGUUACAGUUGAUGUAAAACGAAGCGCAUCCACACGCGUUACAGAAAAGACGUGUCUCAUUUCGCUCUUUAUAUUGUGAAUCAGUUUAUAAUAAACAUUAAUUCAGUCACGGAGUGUCGAAGAACACCGAAAGUAAAGCUACUGAGAUCCAUGUGACGUAAAGAUGGCGUCUAUUAAAGAGGAGAGUGAAGACAUUAAGAUUGAAGAUACUGAGGAACAAACAGAUCUGAUGCCACUGAAAGACGAGAGUGAAGUACUUGAUGAAAUCAAAAAUCAUGAUAUCGUAACUGAAGAAAUAUCUGAUAAGACUUCCUCACAAAAAAGUAAUUUCACCUGCCAACAGUGUGGAAAGGGUUUCUCUUUGAAGGCAAGCCUGAAACGCCACAUGGAUGCUCACUCUGGAAAAAGGCCUUACGCCUGCCAGCAGUGUGGAAAGUGUUUCAAUAGAAAAGGAACCCUUGAAGACCACAUGAGUAUUCACACUAAAGAAAAGCCUUACACAUGCCCUCAGUGUGGAAACUGUUUCACUCAGCAAGGAAAUUUUAACAGGCACAUGAGAGUUCACACUGGAGAGAAGCCUUACGCCUGCAAACUGUGUGAAAAGAGCUUUACAACAAAACUAAACCUUAAGUAUCAUAUAAACAGUCACACUGGUGAGACGCCAUUUACAUGUGAUCAGUGUGAAAGAAGCUUCCGAUAUAACAUAACCCUUAAAAGGCACAUGAAGAUUCACUUAAGAGAGAGCAGUUUUACAUGUCAUCAGUGUGAAAUGAGUUUCUCAGACAGCAAAAACCUUACGAAUCAUAUGAUUACUCACACUGGAGAGAAACCACACAUGUGCCUUCAAUGUGGAAAGACUUGCUCAAACAAUACAAAUCUUGCUGUUCACAUGAGAGUUCACACUGGAGAGAAGCCUUUCACCUGCCCUCAGUGUGGAAGGAGCUUCAGAUUCAUAGGAAACUUACAGACUCACAUGAGAGUUCACACAGGAGAGAGGCCUUACAUCUGCCCUCAUUGUGGAAACCGCUUCAAAUUUAUUGGGAACUUUCAGGUUCACAUGAGAAUUCACACAGGAGGGAGGCCUUACAAGUGUCUUGAGUGUGACGAGAGUUUCACAUAUAAGAGAGACCUGAAACACCAUCUGCUGACUCACUCUGGAAAGGAUUUCUAGUGUUUCUUCAGUGCCAAGAGAUUUACAAAAUAGAGCAAUUAAAAAAAAAUCACCUGCCAUUCUGUCUAGAGAAUAGCAAAUUGUGAAAUACAAUUUGGCUCUGCAAUUUAAAUGGGACUAGAAAAUACUAGUAAUGCUGUAAAAUGUCAACAAGUUUCAAAUAUGAAUAGUUGUGAGUAGGGAUGCACAAUAUUGGAUAUUUGCCGUUAUUUUUCAACUACCGUAUUUUCCGGACUAUAAGUCGCACUUUUUUUCAUAGUUUGGCUGGUCCUGCAACCUAUAGUCAGGUGCGACUUAUUUUUCAGAAUUAAUUUGACAUGAACCGAGAGAAAUGAACCAAGAGAAACAUUUCUGUCUACAGCCGCAAGAGGGCGCUCUAUGCUGCCAGAGAUGCUGCUCAGUGCUCCUGUAGUCUGCACUGAAAACAUAGAGCGUAGACGGUAACGUUUUCCCUUGGUUCUUGUUUCUAAAUAAAUAUGACUUAUAGUCCAGUGCGACUUUGUUUUUUUUUUCAUCGUCAAGAAGUAUUUUUGGACUAAUACGUUAAAUGUAGCCGAUGCCAAUGUAUUUUAAUUUGUUUGUAAACAACACUAAGGCUCUCCUGUGCAUUAUGUACGAAUUAUUCUUUUUGUUGUUGUUUGUUUUUAAAAACUCUUAUUAGAAUUAAAUAACCAUGAAGAUAUUUUAUAAUUACAGUACAUUGAGAGAUUAAAAAAUAACUGAAUUAACUAAAUCAAUGGCUGCAUUUGUUUUUUUAGAUGGGAGGCAGUGGUAACCCUAACAUUUUUCUAACAAGAUUUAACAUUUGUACAUGGUCUAAAGCAAAAGAGAGGCAUAAAUUAGAGGUUAGAUUAAUAGGAAUAGUUCACUCCAAAAUGAAAAUGUCAUUUUCUCACCCUCAUGUCAUUCCAAACCUGUAUGAGCUUCCCCAUUGACUUCCAUAAUAGGGAAAAAUACUUUGGAAGUCAAUGGGGAACAAGAA